CCCACAAUCCACCCAUUCAUCCCUUAUUCCCUCAGUGGUUUUUCUGGCGUCUUUAUUUUCUCUCUCUCCCACCGCCGAACGAAACCGUCGACAAAAGCAAAGCACAAUCAACGAUUCUUUGGUGAAACGUUGUCGACCCACCGGCGCUAAUUUGCCUCAUCUUCACCGGUACAAUUUCCGAUUGAUUUCUUUACUUGCUUAACAUGGGUAUUCCAAAUUUUCCUUUGAUUCGGUACCACUUAAUGUUCAAUUAAGCAUCUGUAUUUGCGUGUUGAGUUGUUGUUUUGAAUGGGAAGAGGGGAUCUGAGUUCUUGCUAUGUGGGUUUGUUUCUUAUUGAUUCACGAACUAAGAAACAAGAUUCACGAAGAAAUUGCUUCCUUAAUUUCCAUCCAGAAGCCAGAUUUUAGUGGGUUUUUGAGGUCAAACCUACUGUGUUAGAUGACGAAUUUCUUACAAAGAUUGUUCUUUUUUCCAUGGACUGUUCAUACAAAGUCAUGUGUAGGUUAUUUUCUUCUGGGGGUCUGAAUGGAACCAAUUUGAAAUCCAAAGUCAAAGUACAACUCACUUUCUUCAAUGGGACAUCUGAAUCGUUUGAAUAUGGAAUUAUUCUGUGUUCAGUACUGCAUAUCGAUGAUUUAAUCUUUCUACUUACUAAAGGUGAUUUAAUCUCAGGAACCCAAUUCUAUCAGCCCAGAAUGGUGCUAAUUAUGGAUCUGGUAUACAAGUGACAAACUGUGGGGACCUUGCUGAUUUGUUGAUUGUUAUUCUGUGCUUAAGGUCGUGUUUGUUGUAAGUUAUACCGGAUGCAAGGUCGAAGAGGUAUUUUUGAUACCUUCCCUGAGACCGUUGAUCUAAACCAGGGGCCUAAUUCUAAUAGUAGAGGUAUCAAUGAGUCUGAUGAAUGCAAUAACAGUUUGUCUCCCACAGAAAGAAGACUGUUAAGUGAUGAUCUUUCUGGUGAGUUGAAUUUCAGUCGUGCGAAUGCGAGUGAUCAUCACAACUCUCGAAGUUUUAGUAGCUGGGAUGUAGGCGAAUCAAGCUCUAGAGCCAAUCUACAUGACCAAGUAGUUAAUGAUGGUUUAAAGUUGGAACAAAAUUGGUCCUCUCCAUUUGGCACCCAUGAUUCAAGAUUUAAAGAAAGACAAAUUGAUCCAUCAAAUGGCCAACUAUGUGAUAGUUUUGGUGCUAGCCAGUUGGCCAAUGAGUCAAUGAGUGUACAGGGUUCUGGUUCUAAUCAUAUUCCUAUGGAUGUAGAUUUGAACCUUGGAUAUGGGGGUAACAAUAGCAAUGAUGGCGGGCAUCGUAUGGGAUUCAUGAAUCUUUACAAGUCUGGUAGUUCUGAAAUGGAGGCUAGUUCUUCGUCUAACGGUAUUGGGACUUCUUCUGAAUGUGGGACGGAAGCUUCUUUUGGUAAUUGGGGUCUUUCUUGUAAAAGAAAAGCAUUAGAAGGUACUUCUGGAGAAUUUUUUGGUUCUGGGAGUUCAAGUUACUUUCCAGAAACUGAAAAUAUUGUUUGGCACACACGUCCUAACGGUAAUAGUGGUUCUAGCAGCCUAAGUGCAUCUUCAUCGAUGCUCAAUUCUCAAGAACACAUAAACUCAAUAACUGGAGUUGGCGUGAGAGAUUCCAGUUCUUUUACCAUAUCGCAAGCUGGAAAUCCCGGAAGGUUUUCUAACGGUGGCUCAUCUCACCAGUCCUCUAGACGAUUCUUGCACAAUGAAUUUCUUGAUCAGACAUCCAAAAGGCCGAUUUCAAUGUCUGCCAAUCCAAAUCAUCCUUUAAACCUACAACCGCCUAGAAAUGUACUUCCUUUUCCAUGGGGUGAUAAUGUGAAUUCAAGAAAUGGCAGUUCAUCAAGUUCAGAACUUCCUCCAGAGAGUGGUUCCAGAAACAACGAGCAGCAUCGGAAUUUGGUGCAAGAUUCCGCUAAUUGGAGCUUAGCCAGUGGGAGGGCAAGCACUAGUGGAGCUAAUGCUGCAUCUGGUUCUCAUCCUUCUAAUGCUGUCUGGAUGCCUCAUUUCAACUCCACAACACAAGGUCAGCAGAGAUUACCCGAGUUUUCUCCAUGGACUCUUUUCCCAUCUUCCGAGGCCGAAUCUGUAGGUCACCGAGGUCGUUUUUCUCCAUUCCCCAUGGGCUCUUCUUCCAACUCAGAGGAGAAUGUGCUCUCAUCUGGUGUUAAUAGCCAGGGACGUCAUCAUCGACCUUUCUUAAGGCCAGCGCCAUUAAUGGAGGUGCCAAAUGAUGAGUGGCAGGCUUUUACUGCUGAUAUCGAGGGAAGACACAGGCUGGUAUCUGAGAUGCGUCAGAUUUUGAAUGCGUUGCAAAGAGGUGAAAACUUACGAGCUGAGGAUUACGUGCUGUUUGAUCCAUUUAUAAACGGGGUUGCUGAGCUGCAUGAUAGACACCGAGAUAUGAGGCUAGAUGUCGACAACAUGUCUUAUGAGGAAUUAUUAGCGCUGGAAGAACGCAUCGGAGACGUGAAAACCGGGCUGAAGGAGGAAGUAAUCCUGAAGUCGAUGAAACAGAGAAAACACGUCUCGACUUCAAAUUUGGAGCCGUGCUGCAUAUGCCGGGAAGAGUAUGAAAGGGGAGAUGAUAUUGGGAGCUUGGAAUGUGGACAUGAUUUCCACACAAUUUGCAUUAAGGAGUGGCUGGCAAACAAAAAUGUAUGCCCCAUUUGCAAGACCACUGCUCUUUCUAUAUAAUUUAGUAAUUAGUAAUCAAUGGUGGUAUGUUUUAUGUUAUUAUAAGCACAGAUUUAAUGGUCAUAUGACUCUAUUUAUUUAUUUAUGGAUAAAUUUAUUUCAAA